AGAAAUAUAUAUCAAUCAAGAAAACAGAAUUAUUAAUUGUUAGGCAUUAGCUAGUGACUGACCUUCUUCUGUUUUAAAUACUAGUAUCAUAUCUUAUAUGGCAUUUUCACCAGAACCCAUGCCUGAAAAUCUCAUUGAUUUCCGUGCACCGCCGCCAUCUCCGAUUGCCUCUGGUCGGAGAUCUUCUGUGGCCAAUGAUGAUGUGCUCACUGAAUUUCUUGAGCAUUCGCUACGUGUCCCUGAUUUAGUUUUGCCUGAUAAGAUCUUUCCUAGGCAAAAGAUUUUUGAAACACCUCCAGUAAUUGAUUUCCAAUCAUUGGAUACUGCAGAAAGUGAUUCAAUUCCUCGGAUUUUGGAUUCUCUAGCAAGAAUUGGGUGCUUUCAACUGGUUAAUUAUGGAAUUCCAAGUGAUUUAACAAGAUUGGUGCUGGCCAUGGCUGCCAGAAUUUUCAGAGUGCCGCCAGAGAAAAGGGUGGCUAUCACUAGGUCGCCGGAAAGGCCGUAUGGUUUUGAGGAAGUUCAUGGGGAAGAGGAAAGUGAAUUGAGCGAAGAGUUUGUUUGGUGUAGAGACAAAAAGUUGAAGUUAGAAAUGGAGGGAAUAUGGCCAUCUGGAUAUUCAAAUUUCAGUGAGAAAAUGGAAGCACUAGUAUCUGAUAUGGAAAAUGUGGCAGAGAAAAUCCUGCAAGUUAUCAAUGAAAAUUCUCAGAGAAAGACAAUAAAUAUGGAAGGGCUUGAUCAUGUUGGCUCAUUGUGUUACCUAUACAGGCAUAGAUCAAGAAACAUUCCGGAGGAUCGAUGGGCUAGCUCUUUAGGAUAUGAUGUGAUCAGAAUGCUAAUAAGAGGAACUGAUUACUCUCAUGCCUUGUGCUUGCACACAUGUGAUGGCUCUUCAGAGUUUCAUGUUUACUCCAAGAAAGGUUGGAUCUCCUUCUGCCCAGAAAAAGAUGCCAUAGUUGUCACUGUUGGAGAUCAAACACAGGCUUUAAGUGGUGACCAAUACAAGCAUGUGUUGGGAAGGCCAAUCUUCAAUGGUGAGCAAGAGAGCUGCAUUUCAAUGGCAUAUCUCUACUCUCCUCCAAGCAGCUCCUCCACCACCGGCUCCUCCACCACCAGCUCCUCCACCAUAAUUGGCAGUUCAACCAUCCUUUCCAAAUCAGAAAAGGGAAAGACUAUUUCCCUUGUUCAACAAAUUAUAGUGGCUAUAUUUUUCACUCUUUUAUACCACUUUUUGGUUCAUUUUUACAAGACAAUGUGAUGUGCCCUAUAUUUAUUUAUUAAACUACAUAUGGAAAUAUGUACACAUUUUCUUCUU